AUGUCCACCGGCAGCAGUAAAAUGAACUGGCAGCAACCUUCGAAGCGGGAGCUACUUGGAGGUGAUCUACUUGCUCAAUCGUUGAAGCACCUCGGCGUUGAAGUGUGCUUCGGACUACACGGAGGCCAUCUCGAUGCCUUUCUCAUCGGUUGUGCUCUUGUCGACAUCAAAAUCAUCGACACGAGACACGAGACCACGGCUGUUCAAGCAGCUGAAAGCUAUGCGAAGCUCUCCGGGAAGGCUGGUUUCUGCUUUGUGACGGCCAACAGUGGGUUCGGCAAUGCUCUUCCAGGGCUGGCAACAGCAUUCGCAGACCGUUCACCCAUCUUUGUCAUCACAUCUUCGCCUCCUCUUCGCGACGCAGAGACGAACUCUCUCCAGGGGUUCCAUGACCAAGUUGUUUUGGCGAAGCCGGUCAGCAAGUUCGCCCAUCGAGUAACCAACGUCGAAGAAAUUCCUCGUAUUGUCAGCCAUGCAUACAGGACUGCCGUCGGAGGCGUUCCGGGACCUGUUGUUGUCGACUUCCCCAUCGACGUCCUCUUCCACCCGCCCCGAAUGAAUGAUAUCUCGUACGGCUCUCUCACCUGCCGUCUUCCGGUGGCGCCGUAUCCUGACCCAGCGGCGCUCGACGAACUCAUCGAUAUCUGGAAAUCCGCGCAGCGUCCCGUCAUCAUCGUCGGCACCGGGGCUGCUCGAACCACCUCCAGAGAGUCAAGCUCCAGCCCGCUCCUGGAUCUGGCCAAAGCGACUGGAACCCCGGUGUACUAUUCGCAAAAGUACGUUCCGGCGCUACCUUUCGAAUCCCCCUAUCGAGGGGGCUACGCACCUCGACUGGCGCUGCUGCCUUUGCUCCAGAAGAAGCAACCGGACUUUGUGCUGCUCUUGGGUGCGAGGACCGGGUUUCUGCUGGGAGGAAGAUCCGGUGCCGUCAUCCCCAACUCGGACGCAAAAGUGGUGCAGGUGGAUCUCGAUGCUUGCGAGAUUGGCAAGUCGACCGCAAUCGACCUGGGCAUUGUCUCGGACGCAACCAACUUCAUCAAGGCGUUCGUCCAAAGAAUAGGCACGACGAACCAUCUGAUCCGACCCCAGGAUGCAUGGAUUCAGGAUUUGCAGUCCCUCAAAAGAAUGAAAUCCCCGCACGAGGGCGACACCGAGCUUCGUCCUGACGGGCGCCUACAUCCAUUCUUCACCGUGAAGGGCGUCUACGAGUCCUUACCGGAAGGGUCCAUUGUGAUCGUCGACGGCGGCGAAAUAGGCGUCUGGGCCAUGGAGCUCCUGGAACAUGUCCGGCCGGCAGGUGCUUUGGCGGCGACGGGCUAUCUCGGAUUUCUAGGGAAUGGCUGGGGAUACAGUAUCGGCGCGGCACUGGCGGUUCCAGACCGUUUGAUCGUGAACAUCCAGGGUGACGGCUCGGCGGGAUUCCACCUCCAGGAACUCGACACGUUUGCGCGGCAUGGACUGAACGUCUUGACCAUUGUGGCCAACAACUAUUUCUGGGGUAUGAGCGUCGCCGGCCAGGACUUGAUUUAUGAAGACGAGGACCCGGCGCGCGUCGCGAGUACCUUGUCCCCGAACUGCCGGUUCGACCUGGUCGCGCAAGGGUUCGGUUGCAAAGGCACCAUCGUACAGAAGAGUGUCGACGACGCUCGAGCCGCGGUCAAGGAGCUCACGUCGACGAAAGGCCCAGGGUUGCUGAACGCCAUCAUUUCCAAGGACCCGAUCACCGGCGCGACCAAGGCCAUGGUCGGGAAAACGAAAGACAAGGAUUGGAUCGUCGUACCCUACUACGAUAACGUGCCGAGACCGUACUUCAAAGGCGACAGGGCGGAUGUGAAUGGCAGUUAA